AUUUACAAACAUUAUUAUGGCAGAUAGUUUUGUAUUUUGUAUUUUUUUACCCCAAUGUUAAAUGAAAAUUUGUAAAAAAAAUCGAGAAAAUUAAAAUAAGAAGAUCAUGGAAGCUGUAUUUAGUGAUUUACAGAAACAGGGGAAAAAUAACGUCGACAAUUUGGUGAAAUGGUUAAAAGAUGCAAAAAUAAUAGACCAAAGCAAAGAACAAGAGGAGAAACUCCGCAGUUUCUUCGCCGACGUGCCGGACAAGAAGAAUGUGGCCGUGGACAAGUUUAAAGAAGUUCUCGGUAAAGUCACAGAAGAAUUCAAGAAGAACGCAGAAGUAGUGGCCAAGCAGUUGGCGGAGAACGGGCCCAAGUUGCUGCAGGCGGUUAGACAGGCGGCAGAGGGGGCUACUAGCGUGGUAAAAGAUCUCAUACCUAAAGGGAAGUGAGGAAAUAAAGUGGUUCGUGAGGUGGAAA